CCAGAUCAAAGAAAGAUAGGAAAUGUUGACUCUGAGGGGUUUUGUUGCUUUCAUCCUCUGGGCCCUUUUCCUCAUUACCAACCCAGGUCAUGGUUCUGAGAUUACUGGUGGGAAAGAAGUGAAGCCACGACACUCAAUGCCCUUCAUGGCUUUGCUGGAGGCAGAAAAAUGGUUCUGUGGAGGAAUAUUAAUUGAUCCCGAAUGGGUCCUGACUGCUGCACACUGUGAAAACAUUAAAACUGUGACACUGGGGGUGCACUCCAUCAAAGAAAAGAAAACAGAACAGGAGUAUAGACAAGUCCGUAAAGUGAAGACAUACAGGCCUCAUCCCUGCUUUGAUCACACUGAAAAAGUCAAUGACCUCAUGUUGCUCAAGUUGGACAAGCCAGUGAAGCAAACCAAGUGGGUUAGAACUCUCCAGCUGAAUAAUGUUGUCGAAGAACCGAAAGCUGGCUCCCUCUGUCUGGUGGCUGGAUGGGGAGCAACAAAAAAAAAAGCUAAAGUUGGUUCAGAUGUUUUGAUGUCUGCUAAUGUUACUGUGAUCGACAGAAUGAAGUGCAACUCCAAAAAACAUUACAACCUUAAACCUUAUAUUAAUAUGCACAUGAUAUGUGCUGGGCCAAAAGGGAAAAACAAAGCUGACACCUGCCAGGGGGAUUCAGGAGGACCAAUAAUGUGCAAAGGAGUUAUUGUCGGAGUCACAUCUUUCGGAGGGAAAUGUGGAUCAGUGAAGAAGCCUGGAGUCUACACUUUCCUGUCAGAAAACAAUCUUAACUGGAUUAAGAGGACAAUGGAGGUACCUGCAGCUGAAUAAGUCUUCUGUUUGAGUGAUACAGUUACACUUUUCUAAACUCUUGGGCUGCUUAUUUUUAACCUGCAUUUUGUUACAGUGUGUAACAAAAAAAAAUACAAAUAAAAAAUAAAGCAUAGCUUCUGACUCUUUACAGCCAUUAAAACUGUCUAUAAAAAUUAAUAUAACAGAUUGAAAACUUUACCUCUUUGGUAGUCUUAUAUUGUAGUCAUAUCAGUCUACCAGUUCUGUGUGUGCAGAUGUAUGUGCUCCUGUCUAUGGUGUGUGUAAUGCAGCAGAGCCCACGUUAGGGUUUAAGACCAGAGCUGUCGUGUGCAUUAGGUUAAGCUCAGGAUGUGUGCGCCACGUGCAUGUUACUGACAGCUCAGUGCACACCUAAAGCAUCUAGCUGUUCCUCCUGUGUGCUCUACAUGUGUGGAUGUGGUAAUUUAAAUGAAGGCCACAAACUGAAAAAUCCUAAUAAAA